AUGGAAACAUCUAGUGCCUCUUCUCGACAUGAUGAUGUUGAACUACCAAAUUUCGACCUUAACUUGUUUGGCACACCUCCAUCUAAGUCCGCUAAGAGAUUUGCAAAUUUGAGCGAGCGGGAGUUAAAUCAUAUGGUUGAACAAAGACAUUCAGAGAAGACCAAAAAAACAACAAACUGGUCUGUUUCAACUUUUCGAGGUAAGCCAUCUAUAGUAACAAGUCCACAAUGUUUUCCAGCAAUUUUGUGACGUACAACUUAAUUGGUAAAUGGUAAAGCUAGAAGUGAAAACUAAUUACCUCCAGUCAAAAGCCAUUUAAAUGUCGGCGAGCAAAACUCGUGCAUUAACUCUUUAUCGGCUGCAUGAAUUGGGCAUAAGAAAAGUAACAUUUUUUACUUAAAUUCUUGCUGCAAAAAAAGGAAAUGAACGAUUGUCUUUUUAAGAUUGAAUUUAAUACUUUUAUCAUAAAAUUGACAGGUUAUAACAGCAAAAAAUUGCUCGAUCAUUAAACUUAACUGUAAAAACUGCUUCACCAAGUGACUACUCAAUGCACAAACAAUGACAUACGGCUUAUAUUUCCACAUUUUCAGUCUUCUGUUUUGUUAGAUUCGUUUAAAAAAAGAAUACUGUUUUUUAAAGUCGCUUACAUGUUGAAUUUCAGCUUGGUGUUCAGAGAAAGCAAUACAAACACCGAUUGAAAACAUGACGACUGGUCAGCUGGACCAGAAUCUGAGACGAUUUUAUGCCGAAGCACGAACAAAAAAAGGGGAGCCAUACAGUAAAUCCACCGUGCUUGGAUUCUGA